AUGCGGGAGCUCCGCAUCCAGAAACUCGUACUGAAUAUCUCAGUUGGCGAGUCUGGUGACAGAUUGACUCGUGCUGCUAAGGUGCUCGAGCAGUUGAGCGGUCAGACACCUGUCUACAGCAAGGCCCGCUACACAGUCCGUACCUUCGGUAUCCGCCGUAACGAAAAGAUCGCUGUUCACGUCACGAUCCGUGGCCCCAAGGCUGAGGAGAUCUUGGAGCGUGGCCUCAAGGUCAAGGAGUACGAGCUUCGCAAGCGCAACUUCAGCGAGACCGGCAACUUCGGCUUCGGUAUCAACGAGCACAUUGAUCUUGGUAUCAAGUACGACCCAUCGAUUGGUAUCUAUGGUAUGGACUUCUAUUGCUGCAUGACCCGCCCUGGUGAGCGUGUCACCCGCCGCCGUCGCUGCAAGGGUAGAAUUGGGGCUGGCCACCGCAUCAACCGUGAUGAGACCGUUAAAUGGUUCAAGCAGCGCUUCGACGGUAUCGUCCGAUAA